AAGAAAUGUGAUUCUGGCUAAGAUAUUUAUUAUUCUGUAGUUUUGUUUUAUUGCAUUAACACUUUUAUUCUUUUAAAGGAAAGAAUGAAGGGAUGCUGAAUAGGACAGCAAGAUGAGUGGGAGCAAAUCAUUUACAUUUAAUGUUAGCUCCAAGGUAGCUGUUGCUACUGCCUUGGGUGCAGGUGUUGUGGUAGGGGCAGGGUUGGCCUAUGUCAUAAAUCGGGUCAAUGAACACACUCACCUCACCCAACAAAUAUCCAGCCUGCACGAAACCAUCUUACAAGUCAGAAGGGAUCUGGCGUCUUUAGAAACUGAAGUAUCAGCAACUCGGGUAUCCCCAUUCCGCAAGAAGACAGUUAGUUUCAGUAGCACGACAUCCGGCAGCUACAAGACUGCACGCGAAUAUGACAGUGACAAUCGGGCCACUGAUACCGACUACUUUUCUCCAGACGAAGAUGACGAUGAGUUCUUUGAUCUCUCACCUGAAGAUGGUUCAGUGCUGAUUUCAUAUGGAGACUCCUCCUAUGCACCACCUUCCGAUAUCGAACGAAUAUCUCCAGUGUCUCUGGAUGAUGAAGAUUUCCAGCUUUUCUUGCAUAAGAUUGAUCAACUCCUAGAUGGGGGGAGUGAAGAUCAGUCAGAAGCAUACACUAUGCUGAAGAAUAAAGAGCAUGAGAAUUCAAGAAAUGCUGAAUUUCUGUGGCGGUUAGCAAAGGCAACAAGAAAUAUGGCAGUUAUUCAAGAAAAGCUUGGUGUUGCAGAAGAAAAGGAACAAUUAAUUAAUGAAGCUUUUGAAUAUGCAGCAUGUGCACUACAGUUGUGUCAAGAUAGUGCCGAUGUCCACAAGUGGUAUGCUAUCUUGGCUGGUGCAAGAGGGGAGUACAUGGGGAUGAAGGAUCGCAUCGAGAGUGGAAAUGUGUUUAAAGAACACAUUGACAAAGCUUUGCAGAUCAACCCUAAGGACUCGACUUUGCAUCAUCUGUUGGGUCGUUUCUGUUUCGAGGUAUCUCAGCUCACCUGGCUAGAGAGAAAGGUGGCAAAAACCAUUUUUGGCAAUGUCCCUUCCUCCACAUUUAGUGAGGCCUUGCAUCAUUUCAUGGCAGCAGAGGAACUGAGACCAACGGGUUGGAAGGAAAACCGCCUCUUUAUAGCAAAGUGCAACAUACAGUUAGGGAAUUUUUCUGUGGCUUCUACUUGGCUCAAGCAAGCAGCAGACUCUCCUUUUAUUACACCAGAUGAUGAAAUUGUACAGAAAGAAGUGUUGGAACUACAAGGAAAAUGCUCCUCAUACCCUGAGUUUUAAGUUCACUAGAACAAGUCUGCCAAUAGACAAAACUAGAGUUUAAACUUCAUAGGUGCAAAGACUGUAUGAAAUGGAUUCUGCAUCAUAUUACACUAUUUGACUAUAAACACAUUUAGAUGGUAAGUAUAUCAGGAAUUUAAAUUCUCACCACAUUCUGGUUGGCAGAAUCUUCAGUCUUGAGGUUCUUGUAUAGUUUUAGAAAAGGGUGAAUGCAAGACUUUUAUUAGGUUGAUUAAGGGAGAGAAUAAGUUUCCUGUUUGAAAUGUCCAUUAUUUUAGUACAAGAAUCUGAAAAUAACAAAAACAAGUCCAGGUUGACAUUUGAGAUGUAAAGACAAUAUAGAACCAAAAAUUGUUUCAAACUGUAAUGAUGUUAGCCACAGGCUAGUACAUCCUUUAUCAGGUGUAUGUACAUGCUUUUAAGGUAAUAGUUUUGUAAGUUGAGUUUCAACCAUAGUGUCUGUGAUGUUAUUAUAUAGGAUAUUCUUUCUGUUUUAGAUACAAAAUGUAACAAAAAAAGAUCUUUAAUAAUAAUUAAUAUAUGAAUAGGUGUAUUCUGUAAGCAUAUGAUUCUGUCAGUCCAUAGGGGUAUGUUUGUUGUUAUUUUUCCUUCCUUGUUAAAUGUGUGAAGUGGGUGAAUGAUUGUGUGAGUGAGAUGGGGAGUUACUGACACAUUUAGAAUUUACUUAGCUUGACAUACUGACUAAUAGACUGAUAGACAUAGAGAGCAAAAGAACAAAAAAAAAAGAAAGAGAUUAAACAUGUAAAUUAUGUUGUUUUUUAGCAAAAACCUCAUAAUUGUAUAUGACACUGCUGUUUAUUGGCUUAUUUACUUGUGAAUUUAGGUCAGAAUAAGUUUUACUUAAGCAAGUUUUAAGUAGUCUCUUGCUGUCUACUAACAGUCUACAUGCUUGUAUAUCAAUAAAAGUACCUUGUAUAAGUGAUAUACACAUACAUUAAAGAUUUUAUCCCAUCAUAUUGAUUCUCUUACAGAGUGAAUAUUUAUGUGUAUUUAUUUA